AUGUUUGGAAAGUCGCAAUUUAUAUUGUUGCUUUUGACAAUCCUAUCUCUCACCUCCCUGACCUUGGCCUCUACACCGACCUCCUUCUGCAAAUGCACCUGCUUCUCCAAUAGCACCAUCAUCCCUCUCGACCCAGCCAAAUCCAGCUCUGGAUCACCCUCCAUCGACAAUGUCCUAAGUCUUGACGAGCGCGCAUUCGAAAGUGUGGAAGCGAACUCAGAAGGCGACCACGACAUCACCCCACGAGCACAAAAAUACCGCGCACUCAGCUGCAAUGACUGCAAUCGCAAAUUUUGUCUGAACUACGAACUCCCGACAUGCAAAGGGGCGAAGGAGGAGGAUGUUUUCACUACUUGCUUCCAGCGGGAUUCACGCAAGGAUGAAGCGGUAGUAUUUAUUUUUAUCUUUGCUACAGGCGGACUGCUUGCCUGGGCGCUUGCCAAGCCCUGGAUUGAGCGAUAUCUGGAGGCUGCACGAGAACGCCGAUCAUAUAUGCCCGUUGCGGAAGGCGAUAGUUAA